AUGCAGUCCCGUCUUCGAUUGCUACUUUGUGUAGCUGCUAUCUCCCUUGGCGGUGCUGUGAUCGGUAUUGACACCGGAAUCAUCGCAACAGUGAUUGCACAGGAUUCCUUUAACAACUUUAUGUUCCCACCGGGGACCAAGAAUGCGUCUAGUCUUCUAGGGGCAAUUGUUGCCAUGUCUUCAACAGGCUCAGCAAUAGGUUCUUUGCUUUGCGGACUCACCCUCGAAAAAUUGGGUCGCAAGUACACUAUCAUGAUCUCGACCCUGUUUACCAUCGUUGGGGCGGUGUUGCAGACCGCCGCUAAUGGAGUGAUCAUGAUGAUUAUAGGCAGGUUGAUCUGCGGUAUCGCAACUGGAAUUCUCAGCCCCUCCAUCUCGGUUUACAUCUGCGAAUUAGCCCGACCACAGGAGCGAGCGAGAUUCAUUGGAAUCUUCGGCCUCAUUAUGGCGAUCGGAUUCUGUAUUGCGAAUUGGAUUGGAUAUGCAUGUUCCUUCGCCCAUACUUCUCACAUAUGGCGUCUUGAAUUAGCUAUGCAGUUCCCUGUGGCAGUGGUGUUGCUCGUUUUCUGCAUUUUCCUUCCUGAAUCCCCCCGUUGGUUGGCGCAAAAGGGCCAGGCAGAGAAGUUUGAAGCCGUCAUUCGUCGCAUAUACGAGUCGGAACCCGAAGAAGUCAUCCUCAAAUUGCAACUUGAAAUUCAGAGCCAACUUGCCAUCGAAGCGGCAGAGCGUGAGAAUUCGACUCUCGGCCAUGCCCUGAUCGAGUUAUUCAGCAGGAAAUUCAUCAAGCGGACAGCUCUUGCCAUUGCCGUCAUGCAAGUUGGAAUUCUCAGUGGUUCCCUCGCUAUUCAGAACUACCAGUCUCUCAUGUAUGAGGCUCUUGGGUUCAACGGUACAGAGGUUCUUCUAAUCAGUGGCUGCUAUGGUUUCAUGGGAGUCAUUGGGCAAUUGAUAAACCUUGCUGGGGUUUCUGAUCGCUGGCCUCGGGUCCGCACUAUGUGGGUUGGAUGCGUUGUUCUUGCUGCCAUGUUAUCCAUACUAGCAGCACUUUCUAAAGAAUACGGCAGUGGCAACAAUAUUGCUGGUGCUCGUGCUGGGAUAGCAUUCAUCUUCAUCUACUCAGCAUUGUACGCUGUAUUUUUCAAUUCUACUUUAUACACAGUCGCCGCAGAGACUUUCCCUCAGCAUUUGCGUGGUUAUGGGACUGGCGUCGCAGCGCUUUGCCAAGGCGUCUCUGGCAUUUGGAUAGGUCAAGUCACCCCUUACGCAUUUGAUGCGAUUACUUGGAAGUACUACUUUGUUUUCAUUGGCUCUCUUCUCGCCCUGGGUGCACUAUAUGGCACUUUCUUAGUCGAAACAAACAAUGUUUCUUUGGAAGAAAUUGCAGGAAGGUUUGGUGACCAUGUUGUCUCUUCUGAUAAGAUUGAUAACGCCAUUGAGGAGAAACGAGCGGAUCGGACAACAGAGCAUAUUGAAGGGUAA